UUGUAGACACUUUGGGAACUUCCCCGGGGAGGGGGAGGAGGUGGGACCGCAGCUCUGUGCAUGGGGUCCUGUGCAGGACUACAGCGUCACCUUUCUCAUGCAAAGCAGACGCCGCCGUGUGCAGGGCGGCUCUCUCUCCUUAUCCCGGGACACAGCCCCCAAACAGCUGCUCGGGCUGCGGAGAGAGCAGUGAGGAGGAGAGCUGGGCUCAGUGCGGGCUGCCGGCGCCGAUCGCUCACACCUGGCGAGAAGGAAGAGCAGAGCCUGACACAUCGCUCACACCCGGGGAGGACAAGGAGAGGCAAAGCCGGGCACAUCGCUCCACCAGAGGCGGCUGCUGGCCCCCGUCAUGUGUGCGGCGGAGACUGUGCCGGCGCUGGGGGGACUCUGAUCGCUGCCCAACUACUGCACUGAGCGGCAGCCUGUGCCCCAACUUCCCCGCAUCGCCGGGGCACGCAACUGGCCGGGAGUUAUGCACGGGCUGUAACCCACUAGUCACCCCAGCCUGCACCCCAGCUGCCAGCUCCGGGCAUGGCAACCACAGCCCCGCUCCCCCGCUCCCUGCUAGUGCUGCUGCUGCUGCUGGGGACGCGCCUGUGCUCGGGGAUCAGCUCCAUAGACGCAGAGCGGGGCGGGGACGGCAGGUGCCAGGCGAUAGACAUCCCCAUGUGUAAGGACAUCGGCUACAACAUGACCAGGAUGCCGAACCUGAUGGGACACGAGAACCAGCGCGAGGCGGCCAUCCAGCUGCACGAGUUCGCCCCGCUGGUGGAGUACGGCUGCCACAGCCACCUGCGCUUCUUCCUCUGCUCCCUCUACGCCCCCAUGUGCACGGAGCAGGUGUCCACCCCGAUCCCCGCCUGCCGGGUGAUGUGCGAGCAGGCCCGCCACCGCUGCUCCCCCAUCAUGGAGCAGUUCAACUUCAAGUGGCCGGACUCGCUGGACUGCAGGAAGCUGCCCAACAAGAACGACCCCAACUACCUGUGCAUGGAGGCCCCCAACAACGGCUCCGACGAGGCGCCCCGGGGCUCCAGCAUCCUGCCCCCCAUCUUCCGGCCGCAGAGACCCAGCGGCGGCCACGACCCGCAGCAGCAGCCGCCCAGGGAUAGCCCGGGCAGGGCGCCGCUGUGCGAGAACUCGGGCAAGUUCCAUCACGUGGAGAAGAGCGCCUCCUGCGCCCCACUGUGCGCCGCCGGGGUGGACGUGUACUGGAGCCGGGGGGACAAGCAGUUCUCCUUCAUCUGGAUCGCGGUCUGGUCCAUCGUCUGCUUCUUCUCCAGCGCCUUCACCGUGCUCACCUUCCUGAUAGACCCGCAGCGCUUCCGCUACCCGGAGCGGCCCAUCAUCUUCCUAUCCAUGUGCUACUGCGUCUACUCCGCCGGAUACAUCAUCCGCCUGUUCGCCGGGGCGGACAGCAUCGCCUGCGAUCGGGACAGCGGGCAGCUCUAUGUCAUCCAGGAGGGGCUGGAGAGCACCGGCUGCACCAUCGUCUUCCUCAUCCUCUACUACUUCGGCAUGGCCAGCUCGCUGUGGUGGCUGGUCCUCACCCUAACCUGGUUCCUGGCUGCCGGCAAGAAGUGGGGCCACGAAGCCAUAGAGGCCAACAGCAGCUACUUCCACCUGGCUGCCUGGGCCAUCCCGGCUGUGAAGACCAUCAUUAUCCUAGUGAUGAGGAGGGUGGCCGGGGACGAGCUGACCGGCCUCUGCUAUGUGGGGAGCAUGGAUGUCAAUGCCCUGACUGGGUUUGUGCUUAUCCCCCUGGCCUGCUACCUCAUCAUAGGUACAUCCUUCAUCCUAUCUGGCUUUGUGGCUCUUUUCCACAUCAGGAAAGUGAUGAAGACAGGAGGGGAGAACACUGACAAGCUGGAGAAGCUGAUGGUCCGCAUUGGGGUGUUCUCGGUGCUAUACACCGUCCCUGCCACCUGUGUCAUUGCGUGCUACUUCUAUGAGAGACUGAACAUGGACUACUGGAAGGUCCUGGCCGCACAGGACAAGUGUAAAGUGAACAGUCAGACCAAGACCCUGGAUUGUACAAUGGCCAACUCGAUUCCAGCUGUGGAAAUAUUCAUGGUGAAAAUAUUUAUGUUGCUCAUUGUGGGCAUCACCAGUGGGAUGUGGAUAUGGACUUCUAAAACCUUACAGUCCUGGCAGAAUGUUUUCAGUAAGAGAUUAAAGAAACGGAGCAGGAGGAAACCUGCCAGUGUCAUCACCAGCACAGGGAUCUACCAAAAGAAGAAACACCCGCAAAAACUUCACCAUGGAAAGUAUGAAUCAGCCCUGCAGCCUCCCACCUGUGUAUGAGCGAUGGGGAGAGGGAGGGGGGUCUUCUCCUAGACUGUACAGUCUAGCAGCAAUCCCUCUAUAAACUUGUUUUCUUAAUCAGCAGGAUGGAGCAAGCCAAGGGAACACGGAUCACUGUACAGAAAAGACAUUAGGAGAACUUGAGCUGCGGUUAUUCAGUGGAGCUCUGUCAGGACUUUCCAUGGAAUGCCCACUUACAUUACUACUAAUUUGUUUUGCCAGAUGUAAAACCUGAUUAGAGAUGAUGUUUAGUUUAACAGUUGCGUUUACUGUAUUGGGCUAUCCAGUAGUUAUCUCGGAGAAAAUAACUAGUUCUGGGAACUCUACCAAUAGCUACUGAAGUGCUUGAAAAUACAAAUUAAAUAUAUCUAUUUUUUCCAUACGUUACAGCCCCACUGAAUAAAAAAUCCACAUAUUUUUCCUUCUAUAGGACAGUUUGUCCUGUGUGGCACUGGAAAGACAGCUGUUUUGUACAGACAUAACCGCAGUGUUUAGUCCUGUCACUGGGAAAUAAAGUGUAAUAUUUAUUCAAACCCACCCCAGUACUUAAAACGAGUAACAUGUAGGGUUCUUCAAGCAGGGCAACAAAAGAGGAUCGUUGACAAAAGAACUGAGAGGUCCAUCCCUCGGAAGUCUUUUAGUCCUAGCCUGUGGCUUUUUAAUGGAAAUCAAGCCAAAUGUUAUACAAGAUGGGACUGUUUGGUUAAAAAAAAGAGAUGGAUCAAUUCAAAGGGCUUAUUGACUCUUUCUAUUGUGAAACAAAUUCUAGCCAUGAAUGGAUCAAAAAGCACUAGAUACUGAAAAGGGAAACUGUAUAUUGUGUUGCUCUUUGCUGUGUGCAACAUGCACACAGUUGUUUUUGCUGUACAUAUAUACAUAAAUAUAUAUAUAUAUAUUUGUAACAUACAAUUAUUUUUCGUUCUCUUCUAUUUUAUUAAAAAAUAAAAUAAAAUGUUCUUUAGUUUGAGAA